CCUUUCACGGGCAGCGAAGACAGACGAACAGCGAAGAAUGAAGCGAGAGAGCAGCUAACCGUGAAACAUCACCAAACAACAAGUAACACCGAAAAAAAAAAAAAAAACCCCAACAACCUCUACAUUUUAAAAGCUCCGGGUUUUCCCCCCUGUACAUUUCGGGCGCGAUAAAACACACAAGCUGUGUCCCUGCUCGUCUGGAUUUAUCACAGCGAAGGUCUUCCACCUUCUCCUUCCUGUGACAGAUGUUGAGAACAGAGAUCAGCCUGUUCAACAACUGUUAGAGGUGACGGGUGAGGACGGGGAGGAGUGUCGGUUAGCUGUACCAGGUUUUGUCUCAUGAGAGUGACUGUGCCAUCCAGGCACUGUCAGUGACCAGGGCUGUGGCUGUGGUGGGCCCGGCCCAGGAGGCCUUUUUGUACAUCACUCCUGGCUCCCGCUGACCUGUGCUGCUCACACCAUGGAUCAACAGAGAGAUAAAUAUGGCGAGCGGCCCACUAGGGCCGCCAAAGUUUCCCAGGGAAGCCGCAGUGGACACUCGUCCCGACCAUCUGGCUCCUCCAGCUCUUCAGGGGUUCUCAUGGUGGGGCCAAAUUUUCGUGUGGGCAAGAAGAUCGGCUGUGGAAACUUUGGUGAAUUGAAGCUUGGCAAAAAUCUCUACACCAACGAGUAUGUAGCUAUUAAACUGGAACCAGUGAAGUCGAGGGCACCACAGUUGCAUUUAGAGUACCGGUUCUACAAAACACUGGGAACUACAGCUGAAGGUGUCCCCCAGGUGUUUUACUUUGGACCCUGUGGGAAGUACAACGCAAUGGUUCUGGAGUUGCUGGGCCCGAGUCUAGAGGACCUCUUUGACCUUUGUGACAGGACCUUUUCACUGAAGACCGUCUUAAUGAUAGCAAUUCAGCUGAUUUCUCGAAUGGAGUAUGUACACUCUAAAAACCUCAUCUAUAGAGAUGUAAAACCUGAAAACUUUCUCAUCGGACGGCAAGGGAAUAAAAAGGAACACAUUAUCCACAUCAUUGACUUUGGCCUGGCCAAAGAGUACAUCGACCCCGAGACCAAAAAACACAUUCCAUACCGGGAGCAUAAGAGCUUGACUGGCACUGCUCGAUACAUGUCCAUCAAUACACAUUUAGGCAAAGAGCAAAGCCGGCGAGAUGACCUGGAGGCCUUAGGCCACAUGUUCAUGUAUUUCCUUCGUGGCAGUCUACCGUGGCAAGGACUAAAGGCCGACACGUUGAAAGAACGAUACCAAAAGAUCGGAGACACAAAACGAAACACUCCCAUUGAGGUCCUCUGUGAGAACUUCCCAGAGGAGAUGGCCACCUACCUGCGAUAUGUGAGACGGUUGGACUUCUUUGAGAAGCCUGACUAUGAGUAUCUGAGGACUCUGUUCACUGAACUGUUUGAGCGAAAAGGAUACACCUUUGAUUACACUUACGACUGGGUUGGCAGGCAGAUACCCACACCAGUGGGGUCUGUUCAUAUAGACUCUGGAGCAUCUGCUGUCACGAGAGAGAGCCAUCCUCACAGAGACAGACCCUCACAGCACCCACCAAUUAGAAAUCAGACAGCGGUCUCAGAUCGACGAGGAGCAUGGGAAGUGCAGCCCACACGCCAAGCAAACUCCUCCUAUCUGACCUCCCACCUGGCAGCGGACAGGCACGGGGGCUCAGUGCAGGUGGUCAGCUCGACCAACGGGGAGCUGAACGCAGACGAUCCACUGGCAGUUCAUUCCAAUGCUCCGAUCACAGCUCAGGCAGAGGUGGAAGUGGUCGACGAGGCCAACUGCGUGAAAAUGCUCAACCUGUGGUGCUGCUGUUUCUUCAAGCGAAAACGGAAGAAGAACACACCGAGGCACAAAUGAUCAUCCACCGCCGGUCUGAAAUGUUCCACGUGUCCGGCUCAGUUGAUUUGUGAUUUCAGAAAUCAAUAAGGUCCCAUUCAGAAAACAAGAGGGAGAUAACUGAAAGAUCAUGAUUGAAUUGUUCUUUGGAGGGACCCGUUAAAAAUGGUUUGUUGAGAUGUACAAGACGCUUGUGUCUUUUGAUGGGAGUCCUUUUUUUAAUGCUUUUCUUUUUUUUUUUUCUUCCUCCAACAUCUGUGGGAAUGUUUUGCAGGCCAGUCGUCCAAAUGGGAAACUCUUUUGUUGGAAUUGUGCAGAGGAUAAUCUUGUUUUUUGUUUUGGUUUUUUUCCUCCCCAAGACACCCAGCAUUUGUAUUUUUCUCUCCUCAUUUUUGGCAAUUUUCUUGCUCCCAUUUCUCUUCUGUGGUAUUGCAAAGGAAGAGACAGAUCUUCCUGUGGAAUCUUUGCCACCCUCAACUUGUUGCAUAACGUGUCUGUUUGAGUCACAGAAUCAUAUUUUCAUUUGCUCUCUGUCGAGUCCCAGUUCAAAGUGGUUUGCCCAUCGUAAGUUUGCUAACUCAUUUUGACACAAAGCCCUUUUGGUCUUUCCUGUCGUGGGACUGAAUGUAAACCUGAACACACGAGGAGCCAAGAGUGUAACUGCCUAUCUUCACGUACAGGCACAAAGAGCAUCAGUCUGCCAUUUGGCCCCUGCACUUUUUCCUCCAAAGAGGUCAACCCUGGCACUGGGACCUGGGCCUGAGAGAACAGAAGACCAGAGACGCCUCCUGCACUGUGUUCUCUGAGGAUGAUUUCUGCUCACGCUGCUUGGUUAAAGCACUCCCCUUAACCACGCUGCUGUCAAAACACACUACAGUCUCUUUUGACUCUCAUGCAGUUUUGCUCCUGUUGACUUUGUGAUGAUGAGCAGCAACCUGACACUUAUAGAUGGGGCUGGGGAAAAAAAAUGCUAUUUAUGCUAUUUAUCUCUUGGUUGCCACCAGUUUUCUUACUAAUUCUAAAAACAUACACACUGAAUGUAUGGAGAGGAAAGUAAAUGACUUUGGAGCAUUUAUAUAAUCUGUCAUGCGCAUGGGAAGGAAAUUGCAGUUAAGGAGUUAAGACCAAUGUUUAAAAAAGGAGGG